CUACUUUUGGGUGUCAGGGAAAAUUAAUGGAGUAAAAAGUACAUAUUUUCUUAAGGAAUGUAGUGAGGCAAAAGUAUAAGUAGUCAAAAAUAUAAAAAGUAAAGUACAGAUACCCCCAAAAACUACUUAAGUAGCACUUUAAAGUAUUUUUACUUAAGUACUUUACACCACUGCUUUUAAUGCGGUUGAUUUCGAUGUUGCCCUUUGGUGUUUGAGGUCUACUGUAGAUCUACAUGUAGUUGCAGUUACGACUAAUGUUUUUGGCAUUUGUGUCGGUGUAAGAGUUAGUGCUUUAGUCAUCAGGAUUAAAACUUUUUAAAAGCAUUCCCAAAAUCUGAUUUGUACCGUAGUUGAAUCACAGAUGUUGCUGAAAUGUAUGUCAUAUUAUAUUUUAUAUAUUUGUACUUAAAAGGAUAGUUAGAGAUUUUGUCAAUUAAGCCUUUUUUCUACUUACCCAGAGUCAAAUGAAAAAAAUGUAUGUGUCUGUGUGCAGUUUAAAGGAAGUCAAAGGUAGUUUCUGGAAUUGCUUAUUAGGGUUAGUGCAAUGACUGAAAGUCUACAGUAGCUGCUAGCAUUGUGUUCAUGAGUUCAUCUGACUCUGGGUAAAUAGAAGGAAAAUAAUCUUGAACUAUCCCUUUUAAUACAGUGUAGUGGAAAAUGUUCCCUAAUUUCUUGUCCUGCUUUAAUUAAUUAAUUGAAAAUGAGUCUGCACAGUACAACAAUCUUUUUGUUUCUUGGGGUAUGUAGGAUAUGCUUCCAUGGGAAUGUUUGACUAUUCCCUACUCGACCUUCUCAACUUGGUCCUGUAUCGCUUACGUGUGCACAUCUGCCGUCACAUGUCACGUGUCACUGGCCCUUCCCCAGAUAGCCUGCCUAAUCCAGAUGUCUGGCCAGGGGGCACAGCUCCCAUCCAAACUGGCCUUCAUCAGGGUUUUUAGAAUCAGUAAGCAUAGGUCUGGAUGCACUAAUGAGGAUUUUUUUUUUUUGUGCAGAUCAAGAUGGGGGCACAGUCAUGGGCGUAUGUUUCAUUACCGUACCACUACCUUUUAGCCUGCAGCUUAGACUGAGGAUAUAAGGUGCAGAGGACAAGUGGCCAUUUGCAAGGACAUGUUUUUUUUACAGAACAUCAUCUCUUAUAGAAGACUUAACUCAAGUCUGAUCCCAACUUGACCACCACUGGUUAUGAAAACCUGCAUCCUCAUAGUAAAUCAGCAGGAGGCAAGAUGUUUGUGGAGUCUGUUGUCCGAUGGGGGGCAUGGAGCAUCUUGCUCCAGUGUGGAUUAUUUGGUGUGUCAGCAGGGGACUUCCCCUGGCCUUGCCCUGCCAGGUGUGUGUGUCGGCUUGAGACUUUAGAAGUGAACUGCUCUGACAAACAGCUGACUUCUGUGUCUCAGGGCUUCGCUAGUGGCACCCAGCGUAUUAACUUAUCUCGUAACAAGCUGAAGACACUGGGUCGUCGCCAGUUCUUUGGAUUGACCCAGCUAGAGGAUCUGGACAUUAGUGACAAUGUCAUCGCCAUGAUUGAAGUGGAGGCUUUCCAGGGCCUGCAGAACCUCAAGACCCUGUGCAUUAGGAGCAACCGCCUCAAGAUCAUCUCUGUGGGGGUCUUCUCCGGACUGCCCAGCCUGCGCUUCCUGGACCUGAGUGAGAACGAGAUCCUAGUCUUUCUGGACUACACCUUCCGUGAAUUGGUGAGCCUGCACCAGCUGGAGGCUGGGGAGAAUGACCUGGUGUUCAUCUCCCAGCGGGCCUUUACCGGCCUGCAGAACCUGCAGGAGCUCAAUCUGGACCGCAGCAACCUGACCUCCAUCCCCACCGAGGCACUGUCCCAGCUCCAGAGCCUGACUCGGCUGCGCAUGUUCCGCCUCACUAUUUCGGCGUUGCCCAACAAUGCCUUCCGCCACCUGCAUCGACUGCGCAGCCUCGUCAUCUCCCACUGGCCCUUGCUGGACACCCUGGCCAGCAACAGCCUGAUUGGCCUCAACCUCACCUCGCUGGUCAUCAGCAGCUGCAAUCUCAGUGCUGUCCCAUACCAGGUGCUGCGCCACCUGGUCUACCUUGGCUACCUGGACCUGUCCUACAACCCAAUCACAGCCAUCCAAGGUAACCUGCUGGGGGACUUGUUGCGGCUGCAGGAACUGCACCUAGCUGGGGGCAACCUGCUCCGCAUAGAGCCAGGGGCCUUCAGGGGGCUGGCUUACUUCCGUCUGCUCAACGUGACAUCCAACCAGCUCAGCACGCUGGAGGAGAGUGCCUUCCACUCGGUGGGGAAUCUGCAGGUCCUGCGGCUGGAUGGGAAUCCCCUGGCCUGCGACUGCCGACUGCUCUGGGUGGUCCGCCGGCGACAGCGCCUAAACUUUGACGGCCGCCAACCCACCUGCUCCACCCCGGACAUGGUGCGAGAGCGGGAAUUCCGGGACUUCUCAGAGAAAGAGCUCCCGAGACUGUUCACCUGCCGGCAGGCCAGAAUUGUAGACCGCAGGUCCCAGGAGGUCAGGGUGGAGGAGGGCACUACGGUGCUAUUCUCUUGCAAGGCGGACGGUGACCCAAUGCCCUCCUUUACCUGGUUGUCAACCCAGCGGAUUCCGCUCUCCACUACGGGGCGCAUCAGGGUGUUGUCCAAUGGGACUCUAGAGGUACGCUAUGCCCAGGUUCAGGACAGCGGCACAUACCGGUGCACAGCGGGCAACGCAGCUGGCAACGACAGCCUGUACGUCAGCCUCUAUGUGAAGGGUUUCCCAAGAAACCGCACCAUGCCCUUUUUCACCAACGAAGGCUGGAUAGAGUCCUCACACGCCCCUACUGCCAACUCCUCUACCCAGGUGGCCAACCAGUACCCGUUUGAUGCCAAGACACUGAUCAUCGCCACCACCAUGGGCUUCCUGUCGUUCCUCAGCUCAGUGGCUAUCUGCUUCGUCUUCAUGUUCUUCUGGAGCCAGAGCAAGGGGCAAAUCAAACACACAGCCACCAUCGACUAUGUGCCCCGUACCUCAAUGGGGGUAGGAGGAGGAGGAGGAGGGGGUGGAGGUGAUGCUGGCAAGUUCACCAUGAAGCUUAUCUAAGGUUAUGUGGUAGAGGACUUGGGACACAUUGACUGUGUCACUCCCUGAGGGUGAAGGCUCUACAGGGACACAGGGACACACUGCCUGCCUUCAGAAAGCUAGAUCCUCAGUGCACCCUUAACAUACUGAAAUUAUACAUAUCAUCCUAAAUAUCUUGGAGAAGAAAAUAAUGAAGUGGUUGUCUAGAAACUGGUUUAUUUAAACUCUGUUGUCAAUUUUUUUAAAUGGUGUCAGUAUUUAUUCAACAUUACAAUUACAGUGCUACAAAUCGAACAUGAUGAUAUGAAACAUUAUACAUGUUCAUGUGUAUAAGGAAUGCUCUUAAAGUGUCAAGGUUCAUUUCACUCAUAUCAGGUGUGCUUGGUGGAUCUGAUGUAUAGUAAGUGUGGAUAUCAUGUGUCAACUUGCCAAUACAGGUCAAGCAAGAAUUGCCCUCUGACCUGAGGAUAACUAUUUAUGCUUAUCCACAGAGGAUCCAUUCAGAGACUGCAUACUCACCAUUUGCUUAAGGCUCUAUGAAACUAUAAUAAUAUGCAAACACAUGACUGUAGUUAUAUAGUUAUAAUAGAUGUAUAGAAUAUUGUACUAGGCUAUAUUCAAAUACGGUAGAUAAAUCAGUUUCACUGUACAGUAACAUUUCAUGGCUCACUUUUUGACUAGCCUUUAGUUUACGAAAAUUCAUGUUGUUUUGGGGACAGGAGUAUUAUUUAGUUAUCAGAAUUUGACAGUGUCCAGCGGGUGAUGAAAUUCUAAUCUGUACAUGAGAAUGUAUCCAAUUCCAUGUCAUAUUAUAAACAAUCUUUUAAGCUUUAAAUCCUAUUUCCAUUUUCUUUUUUACAACAAAGUAAGAUAGUUCGCACACAUCAAAUACAGAGAAUUCAAGAUUAUUUUUAGCAAGUCAUUUUCUUUUUAUACUGUAUAAUUUGGUAAGAUCUUGCAAUCAGCAACAAUGCUUCAAUGAUAAUAUAACUGUAUAACAUUCAUGUAACCUCACACUGUUUGUUUUUCCUGAAUGUUAAUCGAUCACAGGGUAUUGAAAAUAUGUGCCUGAGUAAUCUCACUCGCCAUUCAAGAAACAAUGAUGAACUGUAAUGGCGAACAGUACCUUGUACAAUGUCAAAUGUAGGUCAUGGACAUUUCCAUGCUCUAGGUUACUUUAUAGCUGUAUCUAGUCCUGUGGAUUAGUGCCACUUAAAUAUGCCACUCUUCUUUCAUGUACACUUGUUGUGUAGGUACACACAAACCAAAAUUCUAAUACAAUGUAAAUGAUGUACACAUCUAUAGUUAAGUCUGUUGUUUUGCUAUCUUAUUUGUAAAAUAUAAUCUUUUUGCAUUUUGAAAUGAUUAAAAACCUAUUUAACCUGC